CGUGCACCGUGCACCAUGAGUGUUGCCCUGAAACUAGGCCAGUGCCUGAAAGGCAGACUCAGCAGAUACGCAUUGACUGAAAAGAUCCACGACAGUGUGUGGUUAGCAAGUAACGCGACGAAGGAAUCCGUCCUCAUCAAGUGUGCUCAUCAAGCGCGAAUUGCCAACGAGAGGAGCGUCCUGAAGAGGUUCCAGGGCCGAACUACGUGUAUCCGUCCUCUAUUGGAUGAAAUCGUCGACCCGGCUGACCCCCCUGCCAUCGUCCUGCAGCGGCUGGACGGUGAUCUGUUCGAUGCCUCGGCGGCUCAGAGACUCACGACGCCAGAAAUCAAGUACGUAUCAAAGAAGGUCCUUGAAGGUCUGGCCGUCCUUCAUGAGGAUGGGUAUGUGCAUACAGAUGUGAAAUUGGACAAUGUUCUCGUCAAUCAUGGGUCGAACGGGCAGCGAUUUACCGACAUCCAACUCGCGGACUUGGAGAAUACAGUGCAUAUCGAUUCCAAGUUCUGCAAAGACCGCAACCUCAUCGGGGCCCCAUUCUGGCGAAGCCCAGAGGCACAGCUGGGUCUCCAGUGGGGUCCGCCCACGGAUAUUUGGUCAUUUGGGACAAUGGUUAUAUCCCUCAUCUGGGGCGAGAACUUCUUCAUCUUCAAGCCUGACGUGCCACGGGGACAUGAGGAGUAUGAGCUGGAGAUUCUCACCAAGCACCAUAUUUUCUUUGGGCCGUAUCCCCCUUCGUAUGUGGAUUUGGCUGAUGAGGAGACACUGGCGAUCUUGUCCUAUGUUAUGGAAAGCGUCCCGCCCCAGAAAAUGAAGCCUUUUUCGAGGGCUAGUUUGCGGGAGAUUUCGGUGGAGGAUAGGGAGUUUGUUAUGAAGAUAAUGAAACUUGAUCCUAGGGAUAGGCCGACCGCGAAGGAGCUCCUGGGAGAUAAAUGGUUUGAGGAGUGA